AUGGAUCGGAGGAGACCUGCUAGUCCAGUCUACGCAAGGCAGUGGAGUGGCGGCUCGAGCAGCACAGGAUCGUCCUCUCCUGCCAUGUCGCCGGCUCAUCCUCAGUCUCGAUUGGGUACGUCUUCCACCAUUAAGCGCGCUCAGAAUGUUGCUGCCAAGAAAGCUGCUGAACGUUUGGCUCAGGUCAUGGCGCAGACCCCUGAGGACGAUGAUGAAGACGAUGAUCUCAACUUUCGAUUCGCUGCCCCACCUCCUCCUCGUACUCACUCGUCUUAUCAAAGUGUUGUUAAUAGUAACAGUACCAAUUCGUUUCAUACGAUUUCGGGUCCCAGGAUUAACAGAUCUCCGUCCCCCGCGUUAGGUCGGAAUUUCGUAGAGCAUGUUCCUCAAGUUCGAUCCACAUCAGCUGGUAGAUCAUCGAUGUCCGUGCGUUCCACACAGAUCGUACCACCGAGUAAAUCAUCACUCAGAACUCCAGUCUCUAUACCUCCAAUUGAACCUCCUUCUAAUAGGAAUUCAGAUAGAAGGUUUACACCAGAUAUCGGACAGGUGAACUCCAAAGAUGCAGGAGAUCAGCGGGAAGCUUCUGCACUACGUGAUGAGCUUGAUAUGCUUCAAGAAGAGAAUGAGAAUUUACUCGAAAAGCUUCGACUAGCAGAAGAUAAACGGGAAGAAGUGGAGGCUAGAGCUAGAAUGCUAGAGAAACAGGUUGCUACUCUUGGAGAGGGUGUAUCCUUGGAAGCUAAGUUAUUGAGCAGGAAAGAAGCAGCCCUGCGUCAAAGAGAGGCUGCACUCAAAGCUGCAAAACCAACCAAGGAUAGUAGAAAUGAAGAAAUUGCUGCUCUUCGUUCAGAAAUUGAGAACUUAAAAGAUGAGUCAUCAGCUGCUACAGAACAGCUCCGGGAAGCAGAAUCUGAAGCAAAGGCUCUACGUGUAAUGACACAGAGAAUGAUUUUGACACAAGAAGAGAUGGAGGAGGUUGUUUUGAAGAGGUGUUGGCUUGCUCGCUAUUGGGGCUUAGCUGUUCAAUAUGGCAUAUGUGCGGAUAUAGCAAUCUCAAAACAUGAGUAUUGGUCUUCUUUAGCUCCUCUGCCAUUCGAAGUUGUUAUUUCUGCAGGACAGAAGGCUAAGGAGGAGCCUGAAGGUCGAAAUGAUCAAGAUAGGAGUAAGCUCAUCCAGGACUUAAAUGAUCUCUCCGGGGAAGGGAAUAUUGAGAGUAUGCUUUCAGUUGAAAUGGGAUUGAGAGAAUUAACAUCUCUAAAGGUUGAAGAUGCAACUGUGCUUGCAUUGGCGCAACAUAGGCGUCCAAGUUUGGUUCAUCAAUCUGAUUCAAAAGCGUCUGCUGAUCCGAAGUUUUCUGAGGCUUUUGAACUAAGUGAAGCUGAAGCUGAAGAUGUUCUCUUUAAGGAGGCUUGGCUUACAUACUUUUGGAGAAGAGCCAAGGCAUAUGGUGUCGAUGAGGAUGUUGCAGAUGAGCGCCUCCAGUUUUGGAUCAGUCGUAGUGGGCAGCCUCCGACUUCACAUGAUGCUGUGGAUGUUGAACGAGGUCUUGUAGAGCUCAGAAAACUUGGAAUAGAACAACAGCUUUGGGAGGCAUCUAGAAAGGAAAUCGAUCAAUCUUCUGCAUUUUCACUCAGUAGUCACAAAUCUGCAAAAGAGUUAGACACCUUAUCCUGAAAGAUCGCCCGCAUUUAAACGGAUCGCAAUAGAAGGCCAAGCCAAUCACACAAGGCCAGUGAGCCACAACAGCCAUACCACAGC